GGUAGGCUUUUCGUCUUUCUGUUUCUUCGUUGCAUUUCGCGCGAGGUAGAGCUUCCUCUUCGGCUUCGCUGGUUCGCGUGAGGUAAGCUUCGAACGAGUCGGUUGCCAUUGCCUUUCUAGGGUUUACUUUUCCUCUUCUGCAUUUCUUCGUUGUUGUUCUGCUUCGCGUGAAGUUGAGUUCUACAAGUAUCGAAGCUUCUCCGUCUCCUCCGAAGACGUUGUUCCGGUCGGAUCGAUAGUUGCGACAGGAGUUCGCCGCGACGGUAACGAUAUCUCUUCCCUUUCGCGCGCUUCAUACGCUAAAUCCGUAAACCGUUGUCUGUAAAUCCCUAAAUCCGCCGAACGACGGGAUUUAGUAAAUCCCGGAUUUUGCUCCGUAAAUCCGGGAUUUUCUAGGGAUUCGGAUUUGCUGUGCGCUCGGAAACCGUUUUGCAGGAUUUACCUUAAAUCCGGGGUAAAUCCGGCUACAAAUCCCAUACCAAACAGCCUCGUGUAAAAUGAGGUGCAAUGCCUGCUGGCGGGAGUUGGAAGGCCAGGCGAUUUCAACCACCUGUGGCCACCUCUUGUGCACAGAAGAUGCUGGAAAGAUACUCAGCAAUGAUGGUGCAUGCCCAAUUUGUGAUCAGGUUCUCUCAAGAAGCCACAUGCGACCAGUGGAUAUCAAUCCAGGUGAUGAAUGGACAAAUAUGGCGAUGGCAGGAAUAUCUCCACAGAUACUCAUGAAAACUGCAUAUCGUAGUGUUAUGUUCUACAUUGGACAAAAGGAACUAGAGAUGCAGUACAAAAUGAACAAAAUGGUUGGUCAAUGCCGACAGAAAUGCGAGUCCAUGCAAGAGAAGUUCACUGAAAAGCUGGAGCAAGUGCACGCUGCUUACCAAAAAAUGGCAAAAAGAUGUCAGAUAAUGGAGCAAGAAAAUGCAAGUCUAACAAAAGAUACGCAAGAACUCCAGGAAAAAUAUGCUGAGAAAUCUAGGCAGAAGAGAAAACUUGAGGAUAUGUAUGAUCAGUUGAGAGGCGAAUAUGAGUCUAUGAAGCGUUCUGCAAUCCAACCUGUAAGCAACUUCUUUCCAAGAACUCAGCCGGACUUAUUCUCGAGUAUGGCCAACAUGAUCGAUAGCAGAGAUCCUACUAGACAAGGGCAAAGAGAGGAAAUUUGGCCUUCGGUGAGACAAAAGAAUUCCAGCGGUGCUGCAUUUGAUCUUUCUGAGGGAUCGCCAGUUAAGAUGGUGCCGGUUCCUGUUGAUGCUAGAGCGAGUAAGCCUGCACGGCCAUUAUUUGGCGCUGGUGUCAGCAAUCCUGCUGCAACUUUGCGUAAUCUCAUUAUCUCUCCCAUGAAGAGGCCCCAAUUAUCACGGAACCGCUCCAAUUUGUUCACUUGAUUUUCAGGUUAUAAGAUGGAAGAAAACAACAUGUUGCUGGUUCUAGAGUUAAAAACAGUAACAAAGUUCCUUCACUCACUUCUAAUUUUUCUUCUCAUUUUGUCAUCUCUUUUCUUCCUUUCAUAGUAGUUGAACAUAUUUCAUGAGGUUUCAAGUAGAUUCUGUACCUUAUACUUCGAUGAACUGUUUUGGAGAAAUUUUUUCCAUCUUCAAGAUUACUUAUUGUGGCGGGCAGUCUUUUUCUUUACACUGCGAAAAACAAUUUUUAACAGGCAAUGGUAGAAAUUUUUUUUUUUGGGACAUUUAGGCCAAUUAAGGCAGACUUACACACAUAUCACAUACACAAGACUCGAAUCAAGAUCUCUUAAUUAGUAGCUUAAGCUCCCAACUAACAGGCCAAGAUGAGCUGUGUAUAAUCUCAGAAUUUACUUAGAAAAUAAUGAUGCUUGAACGAUUUUCGAUCAUAUUAUCAAGUCAUGAAGCUGGCAACUGGUAUAUUAUGAGAAGGAAGCUCCGUGACACUGUUGUUGAGCCCAAUCUGCGUCUUUCUAUUAUAGGUGGAAUUGAAUAAGCCCACUUAGAUAACUAAAAAAAUCAAUAAAUGUGCGACAGAAAACAGAAAAAGAAAGAAAAAAGACAAGCAUAGUAGAUGAAAUAUAGUAUGGGUUAUAUCAAAUAGCAUGAUAGUAUAGAAGCUCCCUAAAGCCCUAACUAUUUUCCUAUGCUGUUGAACCUGUUGCUUCUCCAGAAAUAGUAUCGGCAGGGUUAAGUUGGCUUUCGAGCACCACAAGAAGGAAAUGCGAGGGCUGCCGCCGGAUUGGAUGGCUCCUGUGAUCAAGAGUUCUUCGUGAGACUGAGUUGAGUGUAAUAGAGGAGGAGCGACACGAAGCUUUGCUGUCAUUCUUGUAGAUUUGAUGAGUGAAGAGUUUUUCCUUUCUUUUGGGUUCCAAAUUUGCUGAGAUCUCCACCUUCUUAGUAUUUUUGAGAAGAGAAAUUGGUUUAUUUUGUAAACAAUAUCAGUGUAGUCUGUAACAUUUGAUAGUGAAAUUUUCAGGUUUUUUUUGCCUCA